AAAUAUUGUUUAUUUUAAUUAAAAACAGUCUAGACAUCAUAUAAAAGAUAAAAACUCCAAUGAUCCUAUGGAUGAUAGAAGUCUCUUGCCGAAAUUAGAGCCUUCUAAAGGUUGCACUAAUCAGGUAUCGAUCCCUCUUCCUCUCCCCGACGACACUCAGUCCACCUCCAGCGAAGGAAGCAGCCGAAAUGGAGAAAACUAUGAACGGGGAAAUUGGGGGAAACAAUUAGACUUCUUCCUUUCUUGCGUAGGCUAUGCCGUCGGAUUGGGAAAUGUUUGGAGAUUUCCUUAUCUUUGUUAUCGAAGCGGAGGAGGAGCAUUUUUAGUUCCCUAUAUCCUAUUCUUGGUUAUCUGUGGGAUGCCUUUGUUCUUCCUUGAAUUGAGCUUUGGCCAAUUUGCCAGUUUAGGCCCUGUAGCAAUAUGGAAAAUAUCACCAUUAUUUAAAGGUUUAGGCUAUGGUAUGGUGAUAAUAUCUGGAAUAGUGUGUAUUUAUUACAAUGUCAUUAUUGCCUGGACUCUAUACUACAUCUAUCAGUCAUUGACAUCUCUUUUGCCAUGGUCUACUUGUAAUAAUUGGUGGAAUACACCAAAUUGUGUCGAUCGUCAUUACGAUCCAACCGCGUCGUUAAAUAGCACCGGAAUUACGAAUAGUUCCGUACUGAUUAAUGGUACCGUCGCGGCUAAUGAGACGAUUAAGAAUUUCGAAGUCAAUAAUGAUAGAAUAACAUCUAGCGAAGAAUUUUGGGUAAAGUAUGUUUUACGACUGACAUCUGGUAUACAUGAUUUAGGAGAAGUCCAAUGGCCAUUGGUGCUUACUCUUUUUAUUGCUUGGGUAGUUGUUUUUCUAUGUCUAAUGAAAGGAGUCAAAUCAUCGGGAAAGGUGGUUUAUGUAUCUGCUACAUUCCCUUACAUUGUGUUAGUAAUUCUUCUUAUUCGUGGAGUCACUUUACCAGGAGCUUGGAAAGGAAUUGUGUUUUAUUUAACUCCUCGUUGGGAGCUUCUGAUGUCUUUCAAGGUCUGGGGCGAUGCUGCUACUCAAAUAUUUUAUUCUGUAGGUGCAGCUUGGGGUGCAGUUUUAACAAUGGCCAGCUACAAUAGAUUCAGUAAUAAUUGUUACAGAGAUUCUCUGCUUAUUCCAAUCAUUAACUGUUCUACCAGCAUCUUUGCUGGAUUGGUAGUAUUUUCUAUUAUUGGAUAUAUGUCAUAUGAAACCGGUAAACCAAUUGAAGAAGUAGUCUCUCAAGGCCCAGGAUUGGCUUUUGUGGUGUAUCCAGAGGCAGUCUCAAGAUUGCCUUUGUCACCACUAUGGGCCUUACUCUUCUUUUUCAUGCUCUUUACAAUUGGUUUAGAUAGUCAGCAGCUUUUGACCUUCCAAAGAAGAUAUGAAAUAACUGUGUUUUCCAGUUCCUAUAAUAGACCAAAAUUAUACAUAAAAAAAAAUUUUUUUUUACAUAUUUUCCCUUAUAUCAAAGGAUUGUACGAAGAAAUAGACAAAGAAACAAGAAAGAUCAACAUAAAACUCUCGCCAAAAUACGAAAAACUUUCGUGUAGAAUCAAAGCCAAACAAGCAACGAAGAAAAAGAAAAAACCGCAAGAAGAAACAAAAAACGUAGUAUACAAGACCCCUUGUAUCUGUAAUUCUACCAAGUUCUACACAGGAAAAACGAAACGAAAAUUAAAGGGUUUACUUAUCUUCAUUGUAAUCAACCACUCACCGGUUACAUACAAUGAUUAUGAAUAUCCCGAUUGGUCAAUUGCUUUGGGAUGGAUGAUGGCUGUUCUUCCUCUGAUUCCCAUUCCAUUAUUUGCUGGUAUCCAGAUUUACAAAUCUAAAGGAUCUCUGUCUCAGAGAAUUUUGGUUAAUUUGCGCCCGUCACCUGAAUGGGGACCGGCCACCGAAGAAAACCGUCUCUUAUACAAGAAGAGUCUGAGUAUCGUCUCUAGUAACUUUCGUCAGACACACGUCGCCGGUUUAAGUCACAGCGAAAGUCAGGUAUCUUGCGGGAAAGUUUCUAUGAAUACGGCAGAUGCUCUUCCGGCUCCAAGCGACGAUAUUCCUUUACAAUCCGAAAGUGUAGUAUAAUUAAGAACAUAGUCACGAGCGGAUAGACUGACUAUAAAACAUAGGGGAAGCAGGAAGAGAAGUUGGCAGGACAAAUAAUCUGCAGCAAGUACCCACGUCUGUCGGGAGCUCUUCGCCACAAUGCCCGGAGCAUAAAUUACUAGCUGUCUGGAGACUCCCGUGGCGAUCGACGAUGCGGCGAAAAGAAUCGCACGGUACGACGCAGUUUAAAGAUCUCAUACAGACUUUCAGUAUUCUAAAUUAAAAAACUGCAAGACAUGUUGCACAUUCCCGAUAAUUAUACAGAAUGCUUUUAUUGAAGGAAGGAAAGAAGAAAGCUGUGAUAAAACAUCAAUCAUAGUCGUCCAUAACAAAAAUAGAAAUUGUAAAUACUGGUCAUUUGUAUACUGUUUUUUCUUUUUGUUUCGUGCAUUUUCUCUCUUGUUUAUUUUUUUUAUAUACACCAUAUCAAAACUUGUAGUGUAUAAAUAUUAAUUUUUGUAACUUGCAAAAUGUUGGGCCAAGUGUUCUUUUUCAAAAACAUUCCUCUUCAUUGCUUGUUUUAUAGUAUUAUGAUAUUCAAAUUAUGGCUAUUAGUGAAACAACUUUGAUGGGAUUUUAUCAAUCAUGCAUCCUAGGUGGAAUAUAGACAAUCAAUAGAUUGGUAGGGUUUCUGAAUGAAACAGUAUUAUAGAUUUUAUAAGUACUGUAACAUUGAUUUUGUAGUAAAAUUGGCUAAAAGUGAAUUUGUAAUAAUAAAAAAAUUUGUACUGAAUUUUUUAUUUAAAACAAAUUCAUGAAGAUGAGACACACAAUUUGUGAUUUCUUUUUUUAAGUAUUUGUUCUGCAUAAUAAAAUUUUGUCUUAAGAUAGUCUAC